GUCUCUUUAAAUAAAUGAAUAGCGGGUGUCAGUAGUGAAACGGCGGCUGUAGAGCAAGAGAACGGGAACUGAUCGCCUCCAGACACACAAAGGGACAUUACGAUCCACCACUAUGAGCAUCAAACUGUAUUACACCACCGUCACUGCAUCAAGAGAGGUCAAGUCUCAGCAGGCGGAGGUUAUGCGUAUUCUGGACAGUAAGAGCAUCAAGUAUGAGUUGAUUGACAUCUCGGUGGGCGGUGCAGUCCGGGAUGAGAUGAGGAAUAAAUCCGGCAACCCCACAGCAAUCCCACCUCAGAUAUUCAAUGAAGACCAGUACUGUGGGAACUAUGAGAUGUUUUCUGAGGCAGUUGAGGCAGACACAGUGGAACAGUUUCUGAAGAUUGCGUGAAAGCCAAACCUGGUAGCAUCCAACAUCCUCUUCCCUUCUCUGGUCCAUGUCCACAUUCCCAAAGGGAGGCCUGCCUGUUCCCCUCUGCUCCGCUGGCGGUGCCUGCCUUAUAUGUCUCAAUGCCAUGCCACAUGCCAAAAAAAAAAUCAACAGAAAAGCACAUACUUACUCUGUACCACGAAAAUAUUUACCAUCAAUCUGAGGCACGGUCACUCAUUUACUCCUUUGUGCUUUUGUUUUGAUUAUCUUGUUUAUUUCCUCUUAUGUCCUCUUUGGUUCCGACGCUUAAACGCCACUAAUAUGUCUUAAUCUCAUUUAGAUCAGAGCGCUUGGAUGUGUAGUAAUUAGGUCAACUAAUCUGGUUAGCAACCCCAUGUUUAUUCCAGAUUGAACUAAUCCACAGUCCAAGAAAUACAAGAAUCACUUUGGGUCCAGAACUUUAAUCAAUUUGCCAAUUUGCAUAGACGAUCUUCAUAUGUUCCCAUCUACAGUACUGAUAAAUAAUUCGGAAAUGGUUAAGUAUUUGUCGGCUAACAGUUUUAUUGUGUUGGUACCUUAAAAACACAUGCCCUAAUUUCCAACAAGAUAUUGGAUUCUAUAUUAAGCACACUGCUUUGUUUUGUAUGGUUUAGCAGUGUCGCAGGAAUGCUCUGAUUUCCAUUUAACAUUCCCAAAUUCAGGGAUUGAAAAACGUUCCAUUGCGUUGAACUGUGCCAAUAAAUUUCUGUACGAAUGUGUUUUUCCAUUUAAGCAUAUUCCUCUAUUCUCUGAAAACAGAACUUGAGCUGUGGGUACAAACCUUGGUCCAGAGUCUGAAAUACUGAAGAAUCUUAAAAUCCAUAGAUUUCAGAUUUACAGUAAAAAGAUGAAUCUCACGAUAACAUGUCUUGGUCAUAAGAAAUCACGUUUUGCAUUAGGAAUAUGAAACUUUUUUUGUACAUUGUGAUAUUACUUUCAUGACAGUUAAACACAAUUCUAUUUAACAUAAGGAAUAUUGUUUUACCAACAGAUUGUUUUUGUCCAAAUUAUUUUAUCCAAAUCAGUGAUUUUAAUGACUAAUGUAAUUAACACACACCAUUGUUUAAAUAUUUCAAUUUACAUUUGUUGUUUUUUGCAUUUCUAUAAUGAUAAUUGUGCUAAAUUGUCGUGAAAAUAAUGUCAAAAUGGAAGAAAAAAUUGGCUUAAUUUUGUUAAAUAUAAUUUCCUUCUUUUAAUUUUUUCAAUGAAAUAUGACCCAGACACAUUCUUGACAAUUUCCUGAGAUUCAACCAUACUAACAGAAUAAGGAAUAAUGAAAAUGUCUGCCUAACUCCCAACACAUUCCCGUUAUACCACAGAAUUUCAUCUCAUUUUAUUCUGAUAAUGCACUUAAUGUUGGUGUUUCUGUGAUCAGCAAUGCAAACCUUCCCUGAGCUUUUAAUUAGCUCAGUACUUCAGCAGCAACCACGAAAUUCAUCUAGUAGCCGAAUCAGUCCAUACGGCAUAGUUCACAUGUACAUGCUGUUCUAUCAAGUGUCUAUCAAUUGAGUUCAUUGGAGGUUGUAGCAUUGACAUUUCCAGCAAGUUAUGCUCUAGCACGUUAUAUUGGUCAUAUUGGUACUUAAUUUAUACUGUAUACUUGGCACAGUCUUACAAUCUUGAUGUGAGUCGUGGUCCCACAUCUUAUUCAUUUCAUCUGGCAUCUGUAGUGUCAACUGCUUCCAGUUAGUCUUAUUUACAGUAUAUGCCACUAUUGUUUUUUGUGGGCAAGUUUGAGGAUGUGGGACCUGCACGCACAGACAGCUGGCUCAUGAAAUGAUUGUGAAUCUUCCUAUGUCGUUAUUGUUUGUAACGAUUUCUUGUGGUCUCUUUGUGCUGUACUGCUUUGCUAUUGGACCAACGCCCUUUUUGGCCAAAAUAAAAGAAUGAUAAUUAGGGAAAGAAAUGCUGUUGUCUUCCAAGAAGAUGGUGAAAUUGUGAUGUAUGGGUCAAAUAAAAAGUGCGAAAAACCCA